CAGAUUCUCAACUGGCAAUUUACAUUAACACCUGGAACAUAUUUAUAUAAUCUUUGGAGUAAACCAUCGGUUUCAAUUUAUUUCAACAUAUAUCUCUUUAACAUAACUAACAAAGAAGCAUUCUUAAGUGGAGAGGAUACGAAGAUUGUUUAUCAAGAAAUCGGACCAUAUGCGUUUCGAGAAACAUUGGAGAACACUAAUGCGAUAUUUCAUAAGAACAACACAGUAACAUAUAACAUCAAAAGAUCUUACAAGUUUGACAUCGAAAAGUCUUCCGGGGAUAUUAAUUCUGAUAAUGUUGUGACAACCAAUAUGAUUCUACUUGGCGCGCAUACAUUAGCAUCAAAGCAUUCAGUUUUGACUGAAUUAGGCUUAUCAACUAUCACAAAGUCACUUCAACAUAAAACAAUCAUUAAUAUGAGCGUCAGUGAAUAUCUUUAUGGACAUGAAGAUAAUCUUUUAGAUUUGGGAACAAAUUUUCUUCCUUUCGCGACACCUUUUGAAAAGUUUGGAUUGUUUGAUCAAUUUGUGAAACGUGAAGAAAAUAUCGAAGUGACCCUUACACUUAAUGAACUUUUUGAUGAAAAUCAAGACGAUGGUCUUGAAAGCAGACAGCAAGAAGUGAAAGAAACCUCUACCGAGAAACCUUCCUUUCACCCUCUUGAUGUUGAAUAUGACGACGAUAUCGUCGAAGAACUUCAUGAUUAUCGAGAUCAUAAAACUCACGAAAAUGAUUUUAAUUUUGAUAAACCAAAACUAUUUAGUAUGCGAGAUUAUUCCAUAGAAUUUUGGAAUGGUUCGCCGUAUAUUCCAGGAUGGAAAGAUUAUGGAAUAAACAAAAAUCACACGAGAUGUAACCAAAUAAGUGGAACAUUUGAUGGCUUUUUGUUCUCUAAGAAUGUUACCAAAACUGACAACCUAUUUGUUUAUCGACCAGGAUUUUGUCGACGCCUUGGUUUUCAUUUUUCACAUUCCGAAUAUCUAAUUGAUGGCAUUGAAGUGUUGUGGUUUGUUGUGGACAUCAAUUCUCUUUAUGAUCAUCCCGAUAAUCCCGAAACUUCUUGUUAUUGUGAUAAACUUGAGAAAUGCUAUCAGCGGGGAAUUGGAAAUGCUUCGCCAUGUUAUCAUGAUCUGCCAGUUUCAUUCUCUCAACCUCAUUUUUACGACGCCGAUCCGUCAUUAUUGAAUCAGUUCGAAGGAUUAAAACCAGUAAAGGAGAAACAUCAAACGACAUUCGCCGUUCAACCUAAACUAGGAAUGAAUGUCAACUUCAAUUUGCGAACACAAAUGAACCUGAUGACGGGUAAGACAAAGUUUCAUGAAGAAGUUCAGCGAUUCAAUGACAUGGUGAUUCCGGUUGGAUGGUUCGAGAAUACGCUUGACGAACUGACACCAGCGUUGGAACUUCAUUUAAAGCUCGCUAUGGUUUAUCUUCCUAUUUUAAUGUGGAUUUUAUCAGCAAUAUUUGGAAUGAUCGGGACUUUGGUCCUAAUAAACAGCUAUCGAAAAUUCGUCAGACUAAAUCAUGGAGAAUCUUAUAGUGUCAAAGAUAUUCAGAAAAAUGUACAUUUUAAUGAGACAAAACUUUUCAUUGAUCACUAA